AUUUUGGUUCUUAUUUUUAUUGUUUCUUCAUGUAGGGGUCUUGUUCCUCGCCUUCUAGGUGACAUCCUUUCUUUGUGGCUGUGUAACUCACUGGCUUACCUCGUCAAUACCUAUGCACUGGACAGUGGGGUUUCUACCAUGAAUGAAAUGAAGAGUUAUUCUCAAGCUGUCACAGGAUUUUUUGCAAGUAUGUUGACCUAUCCCUUUGUGCUUGUCUCCAAUCUUAUGGCUGUCAACAACUGUGGGUAAGUACUUUGUAUUUCUUAUUCUAGUAGGUGGCUGACUGUAUGCUGACAGGUGGAGCAGCCUUGUAGAAAUUCAGGAAAGAUGAAAGAUCAGUAUCAAUCUCUGGGUGGUAUUUAAAAAAAAAAGGUGGGGAAAGAAAAGUAUAAUUGAUAUCAUUAUGAGAUUCCUAAUUUUUUUCUCUGUAUGC